AUGAAAAAUGGUCAGAGUUCUAUAUGUAUUAGCAGAUUGAGAAUUAGUAUGAGAUUUUCUGUCCCUCAACUGAUUUGCAUGGCUUGAGUCUUUUUGUGAGCCGUGUGCUAUGUUAUGGUACAGUGGGGAACAGAGAAAGAGUUUUCCACCGGAGGCCUGAGGUACAUUCUUUACAGAUUCUCUAAUAUUUGCAUUGGAUGGCGCUGGGGCCUCUCCUAAAGGUGUGUAACUAUGUAUGAAGGAGGGUGGUGGAGAGAGAUGGACCGACCACAUAGAACUCUUUCUGCAGCUGUUAAAAUGUUCCGAUCCUACACUCCUAUUAAAAUCACUGUAUUACAUUUGCAUGUGUGUGGGUGUGUGCUCACGUCCACCAUUUAUGUAAAACACAUUCAGUGGAUCCACCCUGAGUCUUCCCGUCACUCUGUCUGCACUAUAAACCCUCAAACUUUACAUAGCCAGUUAGCCACACACCUGCCGCCCUCCGCCAGAGAGCCACCAAUGCAGGAGCUGGAAGGGAGAAGGUGAGAUCUUUGGCCCCAGUGAGGAGACCACACUCAGGCACUGGCCACAGCCUGGCUCUGGGGACAGCUGGUGGUCCUCUGUGGGAUCAUCAGGGGUGAAAGGAGUCUUUGACCACCAUGACGGCGCUAAACUCGGAAGACUUUUGGAAAAAAUUAGUGGAACCUUCAACCACCAGGUUCCUGGUGACGACAAUUGCUCAGAGAGACAUCCACUGUUGGGAAUCUCCAUAGAGAUCCAUUUAUCUAUCCCUACCAACGCAGUCCUCAAACUUGUCACAGCACACCCACAACCAGCUAAUUAUAUUAACCAGGGAUGCAAAACCCUACAGAUGGGAAGAAAAUAACCCUGAAUGAAAAUAGAACCAUUUAGCUAAUAGAGCUCAUGUCUGUCUGGAGUCUGAACUGAGCCAGCUGAGUUGUGUAACUCCUCCACUAAGACAUAAAGCUUUAAAAUUGAUAGUCAACCAGUGAGAGCUGUAAAGUCUCACUGGAUCAAAGGCAGCUGGAGGAAUUUACCUCUCUCACUCAAAUAACUCUAAAACGCGGUAUGAUAUUUCAGUGAGACGUGAAACACAGGAGCCUUUGCCAAGGCUUAAUUACAUUUAUUUUAAUAGCACACAAGAGCAAAUCUGAGCACAGCAAACGAAUCCAAGGAUAACAAAUAAAAGAGAGACGUGAGCCGUGAAAAGAGCUGUACUCUUCUCUUAAAGCCAUGUUUCGGCUGCAGUUUAGCAGGUAUUUAGUCUAUUAGACAUCUAUUAGCUGUCCUUCAGAGGAUAUCAGCUGUCAGCAAGAGCUUUCCACAGUCCCUAUGUCCUUAAACAGAGGUAUUGUGUUUGCUCCCUCAUCAGCCAAAGCGUGGCAUGCAUUUGUAGAUCAUUCUAGAUAGAUACAUAGAUUUUUUCUCUCUUUUUGCCAAUUCCCCUGGUAAUAGACCCAAUACUGCCCUCCUGCUCAGAGCUCAGCUGAUUUUAUGGCCUAGUUAAGUCUGAAAAACAACAUUGAGGGCCUUAUGGGCCAGCCCUGGCCUGGAGAGGAAAACUCAUGAGCUAAUGUGUUGUAUUAGGGGUUAGGCUACUGCUGCUGCUGGAGCUGAAAGAAAAGGGAACAGCACCAAAGGGUUUAGGAGGAAGUGAUAUUAUGGUAAACUGAAAUCUCCACCCAGUGCACAUAUUCAUCCAACCACAUUGGAACCCUUCAAUCUAAAUUAUAUGAUAUAAUAUUCUAAACCCAACACAAAAAAAAGCUGUGGGAGAGUAUUUCUAGAUGCAAUAUUGUUCAUUUAAAAUCUUCAACAAAGAGAUAGUUCUUGAAGUUUUGUAUUGGGAGCAACUGAGCAUCUCUUAGCAAAGUCAUGAAGGGGAAUCAACAUUACCCUACCGGUAAUAUUUUCCCAGAGGCCAGUGGCCCCUCCUUGUGGCAAAACUAGUUACUUACCCUUCUUCAAAAUUUUUCAAAGACAGCUAAAAACUGAGUUAAUUGUACUAAAAUGUCAAGGACUAAAUUAUUGUGCAUUUCAUUAUCGAAUGCAAAUCAAAUGCCAUUUCAUCUAUCAUGAUGUAUCACAGAACAUUAUAAGGGAAUCGCACCUGCUUUGAAGAGAAGUUGCCAUUGGAUGACGUUUGACUUCUGCUGACCAAUUACAAAACGGUAUUACAGUACGACAGCUCGUGGAUCAACUAUUUCUAUGGGAUCAACUGCUGUCGCUGUAUCAACAUUCAACAGUAAUUUGACUAGCAGUAGAUACUGUACUUUGUAACUUGAUUUUACCAACGUCAACAGACAAAAAAAAGAAAGGAAUAUACAUGUGCAUAUCCACGACAGAAGAUAGUCUUGCAAUUUGAACCACAAUGCUUCUUCUGAAAGUCAUAUGAUAUUGCAAAGUGAUGGGAAAUAUUUGUAUUUAAAAAACAAAAAAAUGGUGAGUGAGUUAUUAGGCUACCCCCUUCCCAGAUCAUUUUCGUAUUGCCUUGCUGUCUCUGUCAAAUAGUAAAAUAGCAAGCGCCUUGCUUUUGUUCACCUUGGUCAAGAGAUCUGUAGGAUUAGAGGGUGAUUUAAAAGGACUAACUAAUGCGCCAUUACUCUGUGGGUAAAUUUAGAAACAAGCCAUGUCGUAAUCGCAUAUCCAACUGUAUGUCACUCACAGUGUCAGUGGCUCUGAAUGUACUCUCGUUGUUUCGCCUUGAGAAAGAGCCAUAACUAAGUACUUGUAAAAAAAAAGAUAUAUAUAUAUAUAUAUAUAUAUAUAUUGCUUCUUUAAUCAGCACAACAGUUUUCAGCUGUGCUAACAUAAUUGCAAAAGGGUUUUCUAAUGAUCAAUUAGCCUUUUCAAAUGAUAAACUUGGAUUAGCAAACACAACGUGUCAUUGGAACACAGGACUGAUGGUUGCUGAUAAUGGGCCUCUGUACGCCUAUGUAGAUAUUCCAUAAAAAAAUCAGCAAUUUCCAGCUACAAUAGCCAUUUACAACAUUAACAAUGUCUACACUAUUUCUGAUCAAUUUGAUGUUAUUUUAAUGGACAAAAAAUGUGCUUUUCUUUCGAAAACAAUGAUAUUUCUAAGUGACCCCAAACUUUUGAACGGUAGUGUAUAUAAAGUAUUUACAAAUGUUUGUGUCAUCUAAUAUUGAUCGAGUAAAAGGUUUAUUCUGAAGAAAACUAUUUAGCUUACAAAACACUUUAAACAGAGUGACAGAUUAAGGUACCUAAAAGCAUAAUCAUUUAUCAUUCAUUUAUCACUGCUGUAUGGAAAUUAAACAUACCAAGUACCCAUUCAUAUCAAAUGUGGUUGCAUCAGGUGCAAUGUCAUGCGCUACAGAACCAAAGCCAGCUGUGUGUUUGACUGCAGGCUGAGGAGUCCUGUCCCGUGGCCCUGUCUGAGCUGUGUCUGGCCCAGGUGUGUCUCAGCCUGGACUCCCUCUGCAGCACGCAACCAGAUGGCUCCCUGAGGCUCAGCUGGGCCCCACUGCUCCCACAGGAAAUGGCUGAUCAGCUACUGCACAAGAUGGCUACCCAGGGUGAGUAGGGAGGGCGCCAGAGAAUGUUCACCAACAAAACACACACAAAUGGAAUUAAAUAAAUGUACUGGUUAACAAACCUAUGGGUUUAAUAAAGGGAAUUUGUAUUCAAUAGGUUGAUUUUAGGUCCACAUUUCAGCCUUACCUCACGUUUUCACUUCUUAUUUUUUUAUCCCCUAGGCACGCUAAACGACAGAACAGUCGGUAUCUUCCGCAGCUGUGAACAACUCCGUCUGCGCAGAGCUUGUAUCCGCUCCUCUCCCCUCUCUGCAGAGGCCUUCCGUCUGGCCCUCUGCCCUCACCGGUUGCAGGAGCUGGAUGCUUCCCGGGUCCCUGGGGGCCUCACUGGGGCCCACAUCCUCUCAGGCCUGGCCUCCAACCCGGAGUGCAGAGCCAGCCUGCAGAGGCUCACACUGAGCAGGCUCCAGAUGGGCUGGAAGUCCAUGGAGGUGGAGGAAGGGCAGGUGGGCUUCAGCUCUCUGCAGGGCCUGAAGAUACUCAACCUGGCCAACACGGACCUCACAGACCCCCUCCUGGAGGACAUCUGUACUCUCCCACAGCUAGAGGGCCUGGACAUCUCCAGCACCCCCGUCAUGGAGCUGAGUGCCCUGCUGGGUUGCCGGUUUACCCUAAGAUCCCUGACUGCCCACGGGCUGAGGCAGCUGGACAUGUCCCCUGCCAGGGUGAUCUCCAUCCUUAGCCAGCUCCACGCUCUCAGGCACCUGGACCUCUCUGACGACCGCUUCGCCUCUGCACCGCCCUCCGCAGAGGAUGACGAAUGGGGGGAGGGGGAUGAAGCGGUGAGGCUGCUUCUGGAGGGGGGUUCUGGGGUUCUCCCAGCACUUGUGUCUCUGGAUGUGUCUGGAAGGAAGAAGGUGACUGAAGGGGCGGUCACGGCCUUCGUGGAGGGGAGGAGUGGGCUGGUGUUCCUGGGUCUGCUGGCUACUGGGGCUGGCUCCUGUGACGUUCUGUCUGGGAAGGACAACUUAAAGGUGAGGUGACCGCUCGGGGGAAUUUUAUUGUUCAUUACAAAAAAUGCCUCCUACUUCCUGCUGUCAUUUACUUGCUUUGGUGGAUCUGAGACAGCUGUGAAGGUGUAAGCAGUAGUUUCCGCCAUACUGCUUACACCUAUGACCUAUCCAGUCCUAUCAGAUAUGUGCAGAGGAAUGAGGAAUAAGUGAGUGACGAAUAAUCUUCUUGUGUUUGUCUUCCAGGUGACCGGCGAGGCCAAUGAGAAGCAGAUCUGUGAGUCUCUGAGGAGGUACAGAGAGAGAGAGUGUUUCACACGCGAGGCCCUGGUCCAUCUCUACCAGCUGACUAAUGACAUGUACGACCAGACCAGACCAGACAUCCUGAAGGUAGCGGUCGGAAUAUGUCUGCAUCUGAAAUGUCUCCAUCUGAAAUUGUGGUUGUUGACAUAAGCAUUUACACAAAAAGCUUAUGUACUGCUUAUACAUGUGUUAUGUAUGGGUCAUGAAUGUGUUAUGAAGUCAAUAUGUAGGUACCCUUCUCGCCUUCCUGUAGCUGGUGUUGGGAGGGAUGCAGAACCACUCAGAGUCUCUCCCUGUCCAGCUGGUGGCCUCAGCCUGCGUCUUCAACCUGACCAAUCAGGACAUGGCUGUGGGCAUGCCCCACCCCCUGCUCAGCGCAGUCGUGCAUCAA